AUGACUCCAAGUCCCUAUCCCCCGCAGAGUCCUGCGGCCUCCCUUGAUCCAGAGCCUCCGAGUGCUCCACUCCUCGGUAGCGUCCCCGCGGGCACAAAUUUGUACCCAGGACAUCCAGCAAGGCCCCCGGGGCCAUGGGCUCCUCCGGGACUAGAGGAGGCACUGGGCAUGCUGGGGCUGGAGGGAGAACGCGAGUAUGCCGGGGAUAUCUUCGCCGAAGUCAUGGUGUGCCGCACACUGCCCGGGAGGGCCUUGCCCCGCUCCGUGACCCCGGAGAUGCGCGCGCUAGUGGUGGAUUGGCUGGUCCAAGUGCACGAGUACCUGGGCUUGGCGGGGGACACGCUGUACUUGGCCGUGCAUCUGCUUGACUCCUACCUGCGCUCGGGUCGAGUUCGUCUACACCAAUUGCAGCUCCUAGGCGUGGCGUGCCUGUUCCUGGCUUGCAAAGUGGAAGAGUGCGUACUUCCCGAGUCCGCUUCCCUCUGCUUCCUGGGUGCCGGCUCCUUCUCUCGGACCCAGCUGCUGCGUGCAGAGCGCCGCAUCCUGAACCGCCUGGACUUCCGGUUGCAUCACCCGGGACCGCUGCUGUGCCUGGGACUGCUGACUGCGCUGGCCCGGAGUAGCCCACAGGUGAUGUUGCUCGCUACCUAUUUCCUGGAGUUAUCCCUUCUGGAGGCUGAGGCUGCAGGAUGGGAGUCGGGUCGCCGCGCGGCCGCUGCACUGAGCCUGGCGCACCGUGUGCUCCACAGGACAGGACCGGAGCCAGCGCUUUACAGUCCUGAGGAGCUGGGCCCCCUUGAGCGGUGCAUGGUCCGUGCGGCGCUCCGGGGUCCCGCGCCGGGCCGGGCCGCCAUCUUCCUUAAGUACGCACGGCCGCAGCACCAAGGCACCAGCCUCGAUGCCGUCCGCCUGCUCCGCAGUCCCCAUUCCGAGCGUCCCUGA